AUGGAUAAUAUGGAGGACCCUGGGAAGAUGCGUCUAGUGGCAAGGAAGGUCGUCACAACAACGACCUCUGUCGAAUAUUUUUCGAUAGGCACUUUCGAUAGGUCUAUACCACCACCUAAUAUUUUGGCCAAUGUGCCACCGCCUAACGUGGCAAGCAGAAUACCACCACCACCACCUGCCUUGACAUGCCCGGAGAAAGAUCCUGGUUUGGGCCAUUCCUCUCAACAGCAACACCCCACAAAUAACUACUCUGGAACUGGAUUUUCUGCACCACCUCCUGAGCAGACUAGUACUGCGGGUCCUUCACGCCAGGGUCAACCCAUUCAAGAACAAUUUGAUUUUCGCAUUCCCAGUGCAUCUUGGCGUCAACACCCUACAAAUGACAACACUGGAAUAGGGUCUUCUGUGCCACCUCCUGAACAGACUAAUAGUGCUGGUCCUUCACGCCAGGGUCAACCCAUUCAAGGACAAUUUGAUCUUGGCUUUCCCUAUGCAUCUCAGCGGCAACAACCCACAAAUGACAACUCUGGAAUGGGGUCUUCUGUGCCACCUCCUGAACAGACUAGAAGUGUGGGUCCUUCACGCCAGGGUCAACCCAUUCAAGGACAAUUUGAUCUUGGCUUUCCCUAUGCAUCUCAGCAGCAACACCCCACAAAUGACAACUCUAGGAUGGGGUCUUCUGUGCCACCUCGUGAAAUUAGUAGUGCGGGUCCCACACAGCAGGGUCAACCCAUUCAGCAACAAUUUGAUUUUGGAUUUGAAGCAUUUCGGCAGCAACACCCCGGAAAUGACAACUCUGGAAUAGGGUCUUCUGUGCCAGCUCCUGAACAGACUAGUAGUGCGGGUGCUUCACGCCAGGGUCAACCCAUUCAAGAACAAUUAGAUUUUUGCUUUCCUCAUGCAUCUCGGCAGCAACACCCCAAAAAUGACAACUCUGGAAUAGGGUCUUCUGUGCCACCUCCUGAAGUAAGUGCAGCUGGCCUUGCAUCUAGUGGUGUGCCCCCUCCUCAGUCAGCUCUUCCUGCUUGUAAACAACGACCAGUGAAAACCCGGAAAUCAAGUAAGCCACCUCAACAGUCAAAGAGGACAUUAUCCAAAUCAGAAGAAGAAAAGAGUAAGUCUGAAUCAGAUGAUUCGAUAAUCAAACUUUCUAGUGAGGAGGAGGAGGAGGAGGAGAGGAAUGAUGUUGAUGUUAAAGAGAAGGUAGAUGAGCAGGACACGGUCGAAACAGCAAGUCCGACGGAAAAUGACUGUUUAGACAACCCUGACCCUGGUCUUGUUGAUGAUGAAUGCAUCAUUUGCUUAAACAGAUUUGUAUCUGGGACAUCUCACUUGUAUGGAGCAGACCAACCUGUCCAAAAGAAUUAUAACUUAGCUGUUAUCGAUCAAAGAGUAGACGGAGUAGACCAGUCAUAUGCAUUUGAAGAGGAAUUAUGGUGA